GUUCGGCACUCUCAAAAAACAAUCGAAAAGCCACUUGAUGUAUGGGAUAUCAAGUGCUCACUCUACUUGUAUGGUCGGUUUAGGAGACGUCUCGGGAGAACACUACCUAAUUCAUUCCCUUCAGAAAUGUCUCCACGACUUCCUCAUACUACAAUGCUACUACUAAAAUCACAAAAUCGAUGGAAAAACAAAGCCCAAACUACAUCACCCAGACCACUUUAAAAUGGAAUUAAAAGUCCAUCAACUAUCAGCUUAACAAUGAAGCGAUAAUAUGUGGACGACACACCUAAUUGAUUAUCAUUAUCGCUUUAAAGACGAUUCGAGAUAUUGUGACGGACAGAUGAAAGACAAACGUGAGAGACAAAAUGUUGAAGCAUAUCACAAACGGAGAUAUCGCAAACCGAGGCUCCCGUCCCGAUAGUUCUAUAAUAAUGGAACCUAGAGACACCCAGCCCCAUAGGUUUCGUUCUCCAAAUGCGAAUAGUUCUAAAAUAUCAACACAGCAGUUUCCGCUCAAUGCUUCUCAACUGUCGCAACUUCAAAGCUGCACACCAAAUCUGGACAACUCCAAGCACUCCAUUUAUAGUAACGCAGCUGUCUUUUCCCCCGGAAAUAAAAUCCUCAAUGGAGACGUUAAUAUUUCUAGGAUCAGAGACAAAAAUUCCGCCAACAAGCUCACAACAAAAACAAAGGAACUUGGCGUUAAAGAAAUGUUAGUCAGUUUAGGAUUAUUGUGUUUAGUUAGUCUUCUUUUAGCCUUGUUAUCGUUAAUUUUUCUUCUCAAAAUAUCACCGGUUACAGCAAAUGAUAUAAGAGAACUCUUACGUGCAGAACAACUCACGAUAAUAACGGCAGAAGAGUAUGUGGUAGUGUACGAAGUUACUUUAGCAUUAUGUGCUUUAACAUUGUCUUUAAAUUUGUGCUGUCUUCUGGUGUGCGCCAUACAGUUCCUGUUCGCAGUUAAACUUGUUAAAAGUCCUCAUGGUGGAAAUGACAGGGCGAACAAGUACCUUCAAAAAUCAUCAGUCAGUAGAGUUUGCGCAGUUGGUGGUUUCUUCAUUUCAAUUCCAGUAUUUUUAACAGGCGUAAUACUUUACACUUUCAUCCAGUUCCAUUCGACUCCAGCCAUAGUGACUAGCGUGUUCAUAGGCCUAGGCAUCGUAUUCUGUGGUUGUGCAAUGGUUCACAACGUUUUUAUAUGGCAAAGAGAAAAAACAAACGCUGUCAAGGAAUUAGCAUUACAAGACACUUCUCAACAUCAUAAUUUCUUUCAUAGCAUUACUUCUCAGCCUUUCCAAACAAAUUUAAAUCAGUCACAUGUUAGCAAUUUUAAUCAUAGCUUUGGCCAUCCCCUGGCUAGUAUACAUAGUAACGGGCCUUAUGUUAUAAGGACUUCUACUAGCACCCCACCUACAGGAGAGAAUAUUAAUAAACAUCUUAGAGAAACUAGUGGUAGUGUUAGUCCUGCAAUGGUAGCUAAUACUAUUGAUAUUAGUAGUGUAGGUACUACAAACAAUAGUCCACAUGAAUUAUCUACUCUGGUGUAGCAUGCAUAAUCAUCCAAAAAUUUAUUUGGAAAGGCUAAUACUUAUAUCAGGAUUUAUAAGAAUUUAUGUUUGUGGGGAUCCAACGAUUCAGCGCACUACAAUAAUAAUUAGGUGCUGGCACAAUUCAGCUUAAGACAAUAAUUGAGCGUAAAUACAAUUUAGCUUAAGGCAGUUUAAGGCACUUCUCAGCCUCUGCACGCAUUGUUACUUAUCUUAUCACAAAACAAGAAUGUGAAUGAAAUUUAAUCAAAAGAUCAUUCGAGAAACUGGCCUCACUAAUGCGGUAACCAUUGGGUAAACAAAGUCGAUUAAGCAAAACUGAAAGUGCUCCAAUUUUGAAACAAGGAUAUCAAAUAUCGAAGAUCGAACCAAAGUGAAAAAUCAUUUUGCAACCCAUUUGGAGGUCGGAACAUUAUUUAAAAUUGAAGCAAUUUUCUAAAGGACAAUCAUUUUACCCUGGAUAUUCUAGAAGAAAAAAAAACCUCAAAUAUUUCAAUAGAGAAGCUGGAAAAAAGAAAUUUUCCUAUAAUCAACAAAUGUUUAAUAGAGUUAAUUAUCUGAAAUAUGUACUCUUGCUCUAUUGUGGCCAGCUACCUACCUAUUAUUAAUAUAAUUAAUAGGUACUUUAGAGACAUGAAAUUAAACACCUUUGAUUAGCCAGAAAUUCGUUUUACUCCUAGAAACCAUAAGAAGAGGACUCACAAUUUUAUUUCAAAAAAAAUAAAUCAGAAGGUUAUUUAAAGAGUGAUCCACCUCACCUAUACAAGUAGAAUAUUGCAUAUCUUUUCAAAUUAAACUUUAUGUAAUAUUAUCAUAGCACACAUAAUAAAAAUUAUAAAAACAUUUUAAACUGGUUCCACAUUACAUAUUCAUUAACUAAAUACAAAAAGUAUCCGGAUACGAUAUGCCUAAAGCUUUUACCAAAGAUCCAUCUAAAAUCUAAUUGAUAUUUUGUUUCAACAAUGUAUACUUAAUCCUGAUGAAGUUAUAAAAAGUGCGCUGAAUUAUCUCGCUCUACGCUGAAUAAUUACUAGAAUACAUAAUUGUCAAGUAUCAUAUGCGCUUAAUUGUAUUACGCUUGGCAUGCCAAAAAUUGAAUUGAGUAACGUUUAUUUUGUCAAUUUAAAAUUAGAAUAAAUUUUUCAAAUGAGGAAUCAAUAUCAAUAUGUGGGAGGCACCUAUAUUCAAUGUACAUUUUCUUUCCUAUUUUGAUGGAAAUUACCUAAUUUUUAUGUAAAUAUCAAAUAGGUACGUAAUGAUUUGUAAAAUCAUUUUAGAGAUAAAAUUGUAAGUAUGUUACAAUGUGAAAAUAUUUUAAAUCUCGCGCAGAGAAAAAAUCGACCAACAUGCAUAUUAUCAAAGUUUACAGAACUAAAAAUAAUUAUUACAAUUCGGUAGACUUUGAUAUAAGGUACCUAGAGUAGACAUAGAUGAAGCAUUUUGGUUGUUUAGGUGGGUGUACUAUUACAGGACGAAUCAACCAGAAAAAUGUUAAUUUACCGCUCAAUUUCCAACGUCCUUCCAAAUCAAAGCGUUGAUAUAGGUAAUUAACUCCAGUAGUACCUAGGGGAGAUUUUCUCAAAAUAAUCGUUUCAAUCGAAAUAAAUCCUAUGCCUUUAACCCUUUCAGUACGGCUGACCGAUAUAUCUGCCACAUACAAAUUUGACACACAGACGGCUGGCCGAUAUAUGUGACAUCGAGUUAUUCAUGCUCCAUGGACUAAUAUCACAUAUUUCAGACAAAUGUGAAAAAUCAAUUUGCUGUACAGACUACUGACCGGAUAAUCGGCCACACAUAUCCAUGCCACGCCAUGAACGACCGAAAUAUACGACAGUCGUCGGGGUGGCAAGUUUAGUGAGUAAAUAGUAUCAUUCAAAAUGUCGACAGAGGAGCAGCCAGGACCUUCAAAAAAGCGGGUUAGAGUGCAAAAUGAUUACGAUAAUAGUUAUUGCGGAUUGGAUCAACGUGAGGUACUCCAUAUUAAUGCAUUGCUCAAAAACAAUGCAGGCAGAUAUAUAUGACACCCGUCUAUCCGGCAUGCAAAAAACUGCCGUCCACACGCCAAAACAAGUGAAAAUACUGCCGUCCUGAAAGGGUUAAGAGCUAUUUAAUUCAAAGGACAUCAGAUAAUGUAUAAAAAGUGCCAUUUUGUAUUUUUCAAAAUUUAAUGUCCUGUGAGGAAACCAGUCUUGCCAGCAAAAUAAAAAUGGGUGUUUUAAAAAUCAAAGAAUCUAGUACAAAAUAAAUUAUUAUGAACGCUUAAAAUAUGUCUUAUUAGGAUUAAACUUACUUUAUGUCCUAGUAUGUAAAAACUAUUUUUAUAUUAUAUGUAUGUAUAUAUAUAUAAAAGUAUUUUUAAUAAAGAUUUUUAGUACUUUCC